UUAAAUAGGAAUUUUUUCCUUUCCUCCAGCCUUCUUUUUUUCCCUUGACAUCCAAAAAACAGAGGGUGAUCAAGUUCUGAUCCAAAAUUGUCAAAAAAUGGCAUCAAGGAAGGAACUGACUAGUGACCAACGAUUUAGCCAUGUUACAAAGGACCCUAGAUUUUGGGAAAUGCCAGAAAAAGACCGCAAAAUCAAGAUUGAUAAAAGAUUUCGGGCUAUGUUUCAUGACAAGAAGUUUAAGUUGAAAUAUACUAUUGAUAAAAGAGGCCGUCCUAUUAACCACAGCUCUACUGAGGAUCUGAAACGCUUUUAUGAGCUUUCAGAUUCAGACUCUGAUCUUUCAGGAGUUGACACUGAAGUGUUUGCUGGAAAGAAAAUGAAGAAGAAGAAGAAGAAAAAGUCAAAAUGUAAAGGAGUAGCAGCCUCUGGGAAACUGUGUGUAAAACCUACUGAAGGAGAAAGCAAAAUAGUUCAUGAGGAAAUGGGUCACAAAUGUGGAGCUCCAUCAAAAUCUGAUGACUCUGAAAAUGGACAGAAAAGUUUCACUAUGAUUACCAGCUUGUGUAGCUCAAAGUUGAAAAAAGACUGUAAGAAUAUUAAUGUAGAAAUUGGUCCUACACCGAAUGAUAAAGAACUUGUAUGGAAAGGGGAAAACCAACAAACUGUGGUGAGGUCAGAUUUAUCUCCAAGCAAACAGGAGACUUCAAAAGCAAGUAGUAUGAAAUCAGUCAGGAGUCCCGGAACAACGUUUUCUUUGGAGGAAAGGAAAACUGAAUCAGAAUCUAAAGCUGAUGCAGAAACAGGAGAGGAAGAAGAGUCAGGAGAUGAAGCAGAAACAGGAGAGGAAGAUAGUGAUGAUUCAGAAGAAGAUGACAGUGGGCCUGAUCUGGCUAGGGGGAAAGGAAAUAUUGAAACCAGCUCUGAAGAGGAAGAAGAAGAUGAUAUGUCUGAAAUAUUUCCAAAGGAGCCAGAGAUCGAGCAUUCCUGGAGAGAAUUGGAUAUGGAUGCUCCUCGUACAGCUGAGAUCACAAGUAGAUUGGCAGUUUGCAAUAUGGACUGGGAUAGGCUAAAGGCUAAAGACCUACUGGCUCUGUUUAAUUCUUUCAUACCUAAAGGAGGUGUUAUAUUUUCUGUAAAGAUUUAUCCUUCAGAGUUUGGAAAGAAGAGAUUGAAAGAGGAGGAGCAGCAAGGGCCUGUAGAACUAUUAAGUAUUCCAGAGGAUGCAGCAGAGAAAGAUUGGAUUUGCAGAGAAAAAUUGAGGGAUUAUCAGUUCAAACGACUGAAAUACUUCUAUGCAGUGGUAGAAUGUGAUUCUCCUGAAACAGCCAAUAAAAUUUAUGAGGAGUGUGAUGGUCUGGAAUUUGAAAGUAGCUGUUCUUUUGUAGAUCUCAGAUUUAUUCCAGAUGGUAUUGUAUUUGAUGAUGAGCCAAAGGACGUAGCCUCAGAAGUGGAUGGAGCUGCAUAUAAACCAAAGUACUUCACAUCUGCUGCUAUGGGAACAUCAAAGGUAGAUAUCACAUGGGAUGAGACAGAUCAUGAAAGAGUAGCUUCGCUACAAAGAAAUUUUAAUAAAGAUGAGCUUCUUGACAUGGAUUUUCAAGCUUAUUUGGCUUCAUCUAGUGAAGAGGAGGAAGAGGAAGAGCAACAAGGUGGUGAUAUAGCUCAUGAAACAGAAAAUGAUAAACCCAAGAAAAGCCAGAAGGAUGAUGAAGAGCAAAUUGCCAGAUACAGAGAACUCUUGCAGAGUAUCCAAGAAAAAGAGAAGAAAUGGGAAGAAAAUGAUGUGGAAAUGGAGAUUAAAUGGGUUCCAGGACUGAAAGAAACUGCUGAAGAGUUGGUCAAAAGCAAGUUAGAAGGAAAAGAUAAAUUAACUCCAUGGGAACAAUUUUUAGAAAAAAAGAAAGAGAAAAGAAAAUUGAAGAAGAAAAUCAAGACCACUGCCAAGGAAGAAUUGAGUGAAGAUGAAUUUCCAUCUGAUGUUGAUGUUCCAUUCUUUGCUGAGGAACUUGGGAAAACAGGUUUAAAGAAGAUNUCAAAGAAAUCCAAGAGAGAAGAAAGUGCCCCAGAAAAAGAAGCAGAGACAGAAAAACACAAGGCUGAAAUGGCAUUGCUUCUGAUGGACGAUGAGGAUGAUGACAGAAAACAUUUUAACUAUGAGAAGAUUGUAGAACAACAGAACCUGAGCAAGAAGAAAAAGAAACUACUAAUGAAAAGGAAGGAGUUGUUAGAAGAUGACUUUCAGGUGAAUGUUGCUGAUACAAGGUUCCAAGCACUCUAUACUUCCCACUUGUUUAAUUUGGAUCCUUCUGAUCCAAACUUCAAAAAGACAAAAGCAGUGGAAAAAAUUUUGGAGGAGAAAGCUCGCAGAAGAGAACAAAAGGAGCAGAGUCUUACAAAAGCAAAGGAGAUACAGGAGAAUGAAAUUGGAAAGAAGGGAAACCUCACUAAGAAAUCUGUAGAUCCUACUUUAUCAAUGCUAAUAAAAUCUGUCAAAAAUAAAACAGAACAAUUUCAAGCCAGGAAGAAACAAAAAAUAAAAUAAAGUCUAGUUGUUU